UUCAAAGCUCACAAAAUUAAUUACAUUACAAAACUAUAUAAUAUAUAAUACAUAUACAGUUUCUUAUUUACAAGUCAACAACUACAGAAAAUAUUUACAUAUAUAUAUAUAAAUGCUAGAGGGGAUCACAAAUGUCCAAACCAUCACUUAAAAAACAAUAUAAUAUAUAAUAUUAUAACCACAAUUUAAUAUCAAAUGUUGUUGAAAGAAUAUUAUAGAAAAUUCAUAGCAUGAGAUAAUGUGAAGAUGCCAUAUCCAAAUGUUGUUAAGAGAACUCUUUCAUUACAGAGCUAUAAUUAUAUAUAAUAUAUAUAAUAUAACCAUGUAACUAUAGUUUUAGUUUAAACUUUCAAAGAAGAAAAUUAUUACUAUGGUUUUGGUUGAAGAAAAGUAUGCACAAGAUGGGGCAGUUGAUCUCAAAGGCAGACCUGUUUUAAGGUCAAAAACUGGAAAAUGGAAGGCUUGUUCCUUCAUUAUAGUGUAUGAAAUUUUUGAGAGAUUGGCAUACCAAGGAAUUGCAGCAAAUCUAGUGAUUUACUUAACAAGAGAGCUUCAUCAAGGGACUGUAAAAGCAUCAAAUAAUGUCACUAAUUGGAGUGGAACUGUAUGGAUGACCCCAAUAUUAGGUGCUUAUGUUGCUGAUGCUUACUUAGGUCAAUUCUGGACUUUUCUCAUUGGCUCAACAAUUUAUCUCUUGGGAAUGAUCUUGCUAACACUAGUGGUUUCAUUAAGAGCUUUAAGAUCAUCAGAAGACUCAUCUAUGAAAGUGGGUAUGUUUUAUUUGGCACUAUAUAUAAUUGCAAUAGGAAAUGGUGGAACAAAGCCUAAUAUAUCAACCCUUGGUGCUGGACAAUUUGAUGAGUUUGAACCAAAAGAAAAGGCACAAAAACUCUCUUUCUUCAAUUGGUGGGUUUUCAGCACUUUUAUUGGGUUUCUCAUAUCAGAAACUGGUGUGGUUUACAUUCAAGACAAUGUGGGAUGGUCCAUUGGUUAUGGUCUUCCAACUGUGGGGCUAGGGAUCUCCAUUUUGGUGUUCUUAGUUGGUGUGCCAUUUUAUAGGCACAAGUUGCCUUUAGGGAGUCCUUUUACCAGGAUGGCUAAGGUUAUUUUAGCUUCUUUUAGUAAAUGGAAGUUGCCUUUGCCAAAUGACCCAAAUGACCUUUAUGAGUUGAGCUUGGAAGAGUACACUAAAAAGGGUAUCACUAAAAUUGAUCACACUUCUUCAUUAAGGUGCUUGGACAAAGCUGCUGUGGAUAGUGAAAUAAUGACUACAAAGAGGCCAUGGACAUUAUGUCCAAUAACUCAAGUAGAAGAAACUAAGAAAAUAGUGAAACUACUUCCUCUUUUACUAAUCACCUUCAUACCAAGCAUAAUAUCAUCUCAAAUACACACACUUUUCAUCAAACAAGGCACAACCCUAGACAGAAAAAUAGGGCAUCAUGGCUUCAACAUCCCACCAGCAUGUCUCGCGGUCUUCACAACAAUCUUCAUGCUCAUAAGCAUUGUCCUCUACGACCGUUGCUUCGUCCCAAUCGCCCAAAGAUACACGAAAAACCCUAGAGGGAUAACCAUGCUUCAAAGAUUUGGUGUAGGGCUUGUUCUCCAUGUUGUGAUCACAAUCACAGCUUGCUUAGCCGAAAGGAAGAGACUAAGUGUUGCAAGAGAGCAUGGUGUGGUUGGAAAGAAAGAGAUAGUUCCUCUUUCGGUUUUUAUUCUUCUUCCUCAAUUCGGUUUGAUGGGGUUGGCCGAUGCUUUCUUAGAAGUUUCAAAGCAAGAAUUUUUCUAUGAUCAAGCACCGGAGGGCAUGAAAAGUUUGGGAGCUUCUUUCUUUACAACAAGCAAAGGAGUUGGAAAUUUUCUUAGUAGUAUUGUUCUUACAAUGGUUUCUAAUUUCACUAAAAGAAAUAAUGGCCAAAAAGGGUGGAUUUUGGAUAACUUAAAUGUCUCUCAUUUGGAUUAUUACUAUGGAUUCUUGGCUUUCUUGGCUUUUAUUAAUCUCAUCUUGUUUUGGUUUGUUGCCAAAUUCUAUGUUUACAAUGUUGAUCAAGUCAACAAUAAAUAUUCCAAGGAUAAUAAUAAUCAUGUGAAUUCAUCAUGAUAGUAUAUUAUGCAUAUGAUCAUGUGCUUGUAUUCUUCUAA